AUGCCCCUCACCCGAUCCACCCCUCAAUUACAAUCAAAACCUCGCGUCGCGCCCUGGUCUUCAAGACCAGCUUUCAAGCCCGAAAAACGAUCAACACCGCGUCAUUCAGCUCACUUUGCAAGCAGCCCGCUCAAAAGGCGACGGAGCCCCUUCGGAAGAUUAAGGUCGUCUCAUAAAUCAAACCUUUACGAUGAUUCCGCUAGGAAUGAAACCACUUUGAUCAACGAACACCACCAAGACGCAGACGACCCCGAAUCGGUAGAGCAAGAAGCCUUUGAUUCUGACGACAGUUUCUUCAUAUGGAAUGAAGAGAAGACACUUUUUUCUGACCUGAUGGGUGACAAUGAAAGGGAACCGGACGACGAAGAGCUUGCUGCCCUUGCUGAAUCUCUACAAGUACCAUUCCAGGAAGAAGGCAAGAUUUUGAAGAAAGAAAUUGCAGACACCUUUGUUCCUGCUGUCAACCACGUCAAAGAGCUCUACAAGGUUCUCGAAGAGCGUGUCGAUACUACUUUCGGUCAAGGUAUCGUUCUGUUCAACAGAGCUUGCAAGCAAAUCGAGGACGACGCCAUUCGCGAACAACGCCAACUCGAAGACGCGUAUCGAGGGAACCAAAAACGUGUAGAAGAUCUGUUCAACCAAUUGGAACAAGAAUACGCUUAUCGCGACCAACUCUGGGUCAACAUCGAAAAGGUCAUCGAUGAAAUUGGUAGCUUCGUGACUGCCUUUCUGUGUUUUUGA